AUGAUAACUGAGUUUGUUGUACAUCAUACAGGUUACUUGUUGGACGAUGAUAACUCUGAGUUUGUUGUACAUCAUACAGGUUACUUGUUGGACAAUGAUCACUCUGAGUUUGUUGUACAUCAUACAGGUUUCUUGUUGGACGAUGAUCACUCUGAGUUUGUUGUACAUCAUACAGGUUACUUGUUGGACGAUGAUCACUCCGAGUUUGUUGUACAUCAUACAGGUUACUUGUUGGACGAUGAUAACUCUGAGUUUGUUGUACAUCAUACAGGUUACUUGUUGGACGAUGAUCACUCUGAGUUUAUUGUACAUCAAACAGGUUUCUUGUUGGACGAUGAUAACUCUGAGUUUGUUGUACAUCAUACAGGUUACUUGUUGGACGAUGAUAACUCUGAGUUUGUUGUACAUCAUACAGGUUACUUGUUGGACAAUGAUCACUCUGAGUUUGUUGUACAUCAUACAGGUUUCUUGUUGGACGAUGAUCACUCUGAGUUUGUUGUACAUCAUACAGGUUACUUGUUGGACGAUGAUCACUCUGAGUUUGUUGUACAUCAAACAGGUUUCUUGUUGGACGAUGAUAACUCUGAGUUUGUUGUACAUCAUACAGGUUACUUGUUGGACGAUGAUAACUCUGAGUUUGUUGUACAUCAUACAGGUUACUUGUUGAACAAUGAUCACUCUGAGUUUGUUGUACAUCAUACAGGUUUCUUGUUGGACGAUGAUCACUCUGAGUUUGUUGUACAUCACACAGGUUACUUGUUGGACGAUGAUCACUCUGAGUUUGUUGUACAUCAUACAGGUUUCUUGUUGGACGAUGAUCACUCUGAGUUUGUUGUACAUCAUACAGGUUUAACUUUCUCCUAA